AUGUCAAGAACAGUGGCCAGCAUUCCUUGUACCAUGACAGGUCACUGUAAAAAACCAACACUUCCAGAACGCGUUCCAAAAUAUGACAAUCGCGCCGUGCUGCUGUGGUCUCCACUUCUGACCAACGACAAAUUCAGAAGGUCGGGAAUCGGACUUGACAAAGCUUUCUGUCACUUGUCUGCAUGCAAGGCUUUUUUCCACUUAGCUUCCUCCUCUGACAUCACGAUCGGCUCUUCGCAACUCGAAGUUAUAUCGGUUCCUCACACAGUCAAAAUGGCUUUCUCAGAAGACACCAAGGAGCGAAUCGUCAAGGCAGUCGACGUCUCCAAGACUUUGUUGCACUAUGGCUGGGUUCCUUUCGUCCUGUACAUCGGCUUCACCCGAAGCACACCGCAGCCCAGCUUGAUCAACGUCCAGACGAGUGUCGGUCAAGAUGGUCAUGGGACCACGCAGAGAUCUUUCCGUCAUCCACCUGUCUGGGACAUAGACCCCGAGAGCAGCACAGGUAUCUCAAGCUCCGACCGUCGCAUGUCGUCGAUCGGCCCUGAUCCGAAUCACAUCGCAAAUGCCGCUUUUCGCGGAGACUAUACUGACCUUUCCGAACGCCAAGGCAGCCAGAGGUCGAUCGGCGAAUAUCCAUUUGCUGACGAUCAACCAUCUCGCAACACCAGCAAGCGGUCGAGCACCGCCUACGAGUCUGCUGCGGAGUUUGCCAAUCCAGUCAGCAUAUCGUCGGGUUCCAGAGAUAUUCGAUCGGCUCCCAACCCUCUUCGCCGACCAAUGUCGGCAAAUUCGCAGAAUGUGCACAAUCACGACCCUCUCGACACGCACGUGCGCAAUCAGCUGCACCAAACACAAGAAUUCAGGAAAGAUGCUCAACAGUUUCACAAGGAGCUGAUAGCGAGACUGGAGAAAGCUGAGCAGUCUGAGGAGGGCAUAAAGAACACGGUGGAGCUGCUGUUCACGGGUCAAAUUGGUGUUCUCAAACGGGUUGACGAGAUGCAGCAGGAACAGCAUCUUUCCUUGGGGCGACUCCUCGAAGUGAUCGAUGGUCUUGAAAGAAUGCUCAAGUCGGCCGUAAGUGGAAUCGACAAACUGGCGUCGAGCGACGAAACUCAAAGAAGCCAGGAUGCGGUGCGAUACAACGAGUUGCUUGCUGCCGUCGACACGUGUCGAACGUCGAUUGAAGGAAGGCUUGAGGGCAUCCAAGAGAGCGUCGAUACAUUCGCAAUUCGGCAGCAAGAGAGCCAGCUGGCUACUGAGAGGAUCUGGAUGGAAAUUGAAGAGCGUGGAAUGGCGUAUCAACAGGCAAAAGCGAGCCGAGAAGAGAUACUGACCGCCCUCAUUGGGUCGGAUCUGACUGUAUUCGGGGCGCGAGAUGGCAACGAGGCGAAUAUAGGAUCCUACCGUCGACAAGGUCACCGAAAAGCCGCCACACGAGCUUCGUUGAACAUGGUUGCACCAGCCAACAGGCUCUCUCACGCACACGGCUUUGAUCCUGCUGAGGACGGUCCACGCAGGGAUCCAUCUCCAGAAUGCUUACCCGAGCCACCCUCGACCGAAGGCGGCUCGGUGUACGCUCGAGACUUUGAAAAUUGGAACUGGCAAGGUGAUGUCGAGCAAGCUUCCGACGAGGAAGACGCAUCGCGUAUUCGGCCAAAGGCCGGGCGACGUACGUUUCCGAUCGGGCCGAUCGACGACGAAGACCUUCCAGUGCCACCAAGACGCUCCCCAGACACAAGAUCAUUGGCCAAGGAAGUUGGUCGCCCAACCGGCAGAUCGGCGGCUCCAAAGAAGUACGGACGUCAGGCGCAAAAGCGCGCCGCCCUUACGACGCAUGUCGAAGCUCAAGGUAAAGAAGCCAUACCAUCCGCGUCACGUCUCGAUAUUCGUAGUCAGGGCACCGGUCCCUCUGCUGUUUCUGGCAAACAGAGGCUGAACAUGUCUGAAAUGGCCGGCGACACGGUCGAUGGACUCCGAGCCACUGACCGAGCUUUGUCUCCGCAGGGUGAUCCAGUCAACUCGCGAGCUCGCAAGGGGCGAGUGGCAGCGAAAGCUUCAAGACGGAGGCGCCGGGACGACUCUGAUUCAGACGAAGAAUACGGGCCCGUUCGAGUGGCAAAGAAGCGAGCUACGAAGACAAAGCCCGUGAAGACGCCGCAGGUCGAACACCGAUAUCCCACCCGUGGUCGCGGAAUCGCGGCUCCCCUUCCAUCUGACUUUCCCUUCAAAAAGUGA